UCACAGCUCUGUUAACUCCACACUGAACAGAGACACACAAACACAGACACGAGCUUCAUUUCUCUUUCUUUAUCAUGAUUUAAACUCUGGAUCUGCGCUCAUCGACGCGUUCGUGCACGUGUGGACACUUUACUGAAUCCAAUGUACGCGGACGCGGAUCUGUUGUUCACAUAGAGGAGAUCUGAGCUGGAGACGCGAGAAUUUGCGCUUCUUCUUAAGAAAAAGCGUUCAGCAGGUCUAUCUGAUGAACUCUGAGAUGAAGUCUGGUGGUUUCCGUGGUGACGUGAGGCGACGGGACAUGGAGCUGAAGAUCGACAAGCAAACGUUCGGUUUCCAGCGGAGCUCCACGUCAGAUGAUGACUCUGGUUGUGUUCUUGAGGAAUACGCCUGGGUACCGCCAGGACUAAGACCAGAACAGGUCCAGCUUUACUUCUCUUGUCUACCUGAGGAUAAAGUGCCGUAUGUGAACAGCCCGGGUGAGAAGAAUCGUAUCAAACAGCUUCUGUAUCAGCUGCCUCCUCAUGACAAUGAAGUGCGAUACUGCCAAUCUCUCAGUGAAGAGGAGAAGAACGAGCUUCAUAUGUUUAGCACGCAGAGAAAGAAAGAGGCUCUUGGACGAGGAACAUUAAAACUGCUGCCGAGGACGAUCCAACGUGCCACGUGUGAACAUUGUGGAGAGAACGUCAGCGGAGGAGAGAUGGUGGUGUCUGCAUCACGGGCCAAACCUGGACAGUGUUGGCACCCGGCAUGCUUUAGAUGUUCCACCUGCAGUGAACUCCUAGUGGAUCUCAUUUACUUCUGUCAUGAGGGGAAGAUCCACUGUGGAAGACAUCACGCUGAACUGCUUAAGCCACGCUGUUCUUCCUGCGAUGAGAUUAUAUUCGCAGAUGAAUGCACAGAAGCAGAAGGCCGUCACUGGCACAUGAAGCACUUUUCAUGUUUUGAAUGUGAGACCUUACUGGGUGGUCAGCGGUACAUCAUGAAAGACGGUCGGCCCUACUGUUGCGGUUGCUUCGAGUCUCUGUAUGCAGAAUACUGUGAGGCCUGCGGUGAACACAUCGGGGUGGACCAUGCCCAAAUGACGUAUGAUGGCCUCCAUUGGCACGCCACAGAUGCUUGCUUCAGCUGUGCUCAAUGUAAGAGCUCAUUGCUCGGUUGUCCCUUUCUCCCCAGGCAAGGCAGAAUCUACUGCUCUAAAGCCUGUAGUCUGGGUGAAGACAUCCACGCCUCAGAUUCUUCAGACUCGGCCUUCCUGUCGGCGAGAUCUCAGGAAUCACGUCGCAGCGUGAAGAUGGGAAAGAGUAGCCGCUCCGACCAAUGUCGACAGUCGCUUCUCUUCUCCCCCGCAAGUAACUACAAGUUCCCCGGACUGUCCGGGAACGCGGACGACACCUUGUCUGACAAGCUGUCGCAGCUAAACUUUGCAGACAACCACUUUUGGAGGAACGGGGAGGAGCAGGAAGCACCUGAAGACCACGAGGAAUGGGCGGAGCACGAGGACUACAUGACCCAGCUGCUCCUCAAGUUUGGCGAACAUGGAAUGUUCCAGCAGCCGGAGGACGGCAGACCGGCUGACUCGUGGACGACGGACUCCGAGGUCAAAAACGAAAGCCAGCGAAGGCACCAGGCCCGUGCCGAGAGCGAGAGUCUUGCCAGUAAAAAGUACAAGGCAGACAUGUACUGGGCCCAGUCUCAGGAUGGACUGGGUGAUUCUGCGUACGGUAGUCACCCCGGACCUGCUAGCAGCAGGAAAAUCCAGGAGCUUGAACAUGAAGAUAAACUGUGGUAUAAUGACUCGCUAGAGUGCAUCACAGAUGAAUUUAAACAAGCAGAGCAGAACGUCAGAGACUCCAUGGAUUCCUUAGCACUCUCCAAUAUCACAGGUGUUUCGAUUGAUGGAGAUAUUAAAGAGAAAACAAUGCUCUACUCGUUUCAAAAGUUCUCUGAGUUUCGAAAAGAGAACGUUGAGAACACGAGUAACAUGGGGACGCUGAACUCUUCAAUGCUACACAGGAGCUCCAACUCUCUGAAGAGUCUUACCUCUGACCUGGAGCGUGUGGAGAUCAUCGAGGAGGAGGAUGAAGAACAAGAGCAGGUGGUUCCUCUUCCAGAAGAGAGGCCAAAACCGGCUCACAUACCAGUUUUAAGAAGGAGCAAGUCCCAGUCCAAACCGCAGCAGGUUAAAUUUUCAGACGAUGUCAUAGACAACGGACACUACGAUGACUUGAAGGUGCGGCAGCCUCCCAUGAGCGAGCGGACACGGAGACGAGCGUACCACUUUGACGAACAAGACCAACAGCGCCAUCGCCAUCACCACAGACGGAGAAGUCGGAAAUCUCGUUCGGACAACGCGCUUCACAUGGUUCCCAAAGAGAAAGCCAGAAUGAACUUUAAGGAGGACCGUCGGCACUACGGCCCAGGACCUGACGCUCGAUACGGACGGCACCCGCGCACUCACGCCGACUCACAAAACUACGGAUUGCACAGCCAAGCCAUGGAGAGAUUUCCUCGUUUGUAUGGGGAAGACGAUGACUGGUGCUCUACCUGCUCUUCUUCAUCAUCCGAGUCAGAGGAGGAAGGAUUUUUCCUGGGUCAGCCUAUUCCACAACCGAGACAACCUCGAUACCAGUAUUACGCUGAUGAACUUCCCUUUGGUACACGAACAAAGUCCAAACAGAAGAGAGGACGUAAGGGCAAAAACUGUAUCAUUUCAUAGAGUCGGUGUGGAAAAUGAAACUGCAUAUUAAAGCGAGUGCCAGUAUUAAACCUGCUUUAAGCUGCUUACUGUUAAAUAUACAAUACAACUCGGUCACGAUGACACAGCGGUCAUCAAAGUUCUUGCCAAGCAGUGACGUUAAACUCCGGUUUAACUUUAGCAGUAAUGCAUUAUCUGAAAUACGUCAUCAUUACAGUCUUUGAAAGAAACAAAUAAAUACAAUAUUUAUAAAGCCGCUUUUUAGAGACUAACAGAGAGAAUAAUUUAACUAUGCAUAUAUGAAUGUAUAUAUUGUAAAAUGUCGAGUUAAAGCUAAUAUUUUUAUAUCCCUGAGUUUCAAAAGAUUUUUUUGUGUGUAUGUAAUACAGAGCGAAGGUCUGCAGCGAUUCCACUUUUGUUAAUCAGGGUUUUAAAAAUAAAUACAU